AUGUCUGCUGAUCAUUCGAGGGAUCCUUGUCCUAUUGUGAUUCUUAACGAUUUCGGUGGUGCCUUUGCUAUGGGUGUCAUUGGUGGUUGUGUUUGGCAUGGUAUCAAGGGUUUCCGUAACUCUCCACUAGGUGAAAGAAGAGCUGGUGCUGUCAGUGCAAUUAAGGCCAGAGCACCAGUUGUCGGUGGUAACUUCGGUGUAUGGGGUGGUUUGUUUUCUACUUUUGACUGUGGUGUUAAGGCCGUGAGGAAAAGAGAAGAUCCAUGGAAUGCUAUUAUUGCCGGUUUCUUCACCGGUGGUGCUUUGGCUAUCAGAGGAGGUUGGAAGCAUACCAGAAACUCAGCUAUCACUUGUGCAUGUUUACUUGGUGUCAUUGAAGGUGUUGGUUUGAUGUUCCAAAGAUACGCUGCUUGGCAAGCAAAGCCAAUGGCCCCACCUUUGCCAGAUCAACCAAUGCAAGCUUGA